AUGGACUCAAAUCCUCAAAAUAGUUCUGACCAACUCGAUAAAGUAUGCAUCAUCGGUAGCGGUAACUGGGGAAGUGCCAUUGCGACCCUAGUUGGUCGCAACUGCGAGCGCUUGCCCUUUUUCGAAUCGCAGGUCAACAUGUGGGUCUUUGAGGAAAUGGUUGAAUUGGAAGAUGGUUCCCAAAAGAAGCUCACCGAAAUCAUCAACUCUCGCCACGAAAACGUUAAGUACCUCCCAGGCAUUCCCCUCCCUUCCAACGUUGUUGCGACUCCUGAUCUAGCAGAAGCCUGUCGCGAUGCCACGCUCUUGAUCUUUGUCCUACCCCACCAAUUCUUACCGCGACUACUUCCCGUCAUUCGCGAGUCGGCGCACCCAACCUGUCGGGGGGUUAGUCUCAUCAAAGGGCUUGACUUCGACUCGGAACGCAAACUUCCAAUCCUUAUUUCCAACACAAUCGCUGACGCCAUGGGACCUGAAUUUCAAUGCGGCGUUCUGAUGGGAGCGAACGUUGCCUCCGAGGUUGCUCUGGGUCAAAUGUGCGAGUCCACCUUGGCGUCUCCCUUUGGUCCACCAGCAGAUGAGCUGACACGUCUCGUCUUUGACGCUCCCUCCUUCCGAGUGCAGCACGUGCCAGACGUUGCGGGUGCCGAAGUCUGCGGUGCGCUUAAGAACGUAGUUGCUCUCGGCGCAGGUUUUGUUGAUGGCGUUGGACUCGGAAGCAAUACUAAGGCGGCUCUGCUUAGAGUGGGACUUCGAGAGAUGGCCAAGUUUUGCCACAUGUUCUUUGACGGCGUUCAAGAUAAUACCUUUACGCAGAGCUGUGGCAUGGCAGAUUUAAUCACGACAUGCUACGGUGGAAGGAAUCGCAAAUGUGCGGAAGCUUUUGCGAAGGAACGUCUUGGAUCGGACGGGCUCUGCGACGAGGCUAUGGCGUGUGAACAAAAGUGGGAGAAGAUUGAAGCCAAACUUCUCAACGGCCAAAAGCUGCAAGGAACUCUAACGGCGAAAGAAGUUCACGCCAUACUUGACUCUCGAGGGGUCCUUAACGCAUUUCCUCUAAUCAAAACGAUCCAUGAGAUUUCUUUUAAAGGGAAACCUGUACAACAGAUUGUGGAUGGUAUUAUUGAUACGAACGAGCACGGAGCUAGCUCGCACUUGUAA